AUAUUUGAUUAAGGGAGUUCUGUCAAAUGGGGUAUCAUAUAUUGCUUACACAUAUGCAGGAGAGCUCCCAAGCUGUGCAUUUGGGUUCAACAGUCAUGGACUAGCAUUUACACUAAAUUCCGUACCGCCAUCUGAGGACGAGAUAGUAGCUGGAGCUAUUGGGAGGAACUUCAUUUCACGAGACCUACUUGAAGCGACGAGCAUCGAGGAUGCGUUGUGUAAAAUUCGUUCUUCAGAAGUUUCUGUGGGACAUAGUUACAAUCUGAUUGAGACAAGGACGCGGAGAAUUGUCAAUGUUGAAACAGCAUCCGGUAACCGGGUUUCAGUUUAUGAAGUUGGGGCAACACCAUACUUCCAUGCGAACAUGUAUCUCCAUCUUCAAGUUAAUCAGGUACAAGAUGAGAACUCAAUAAGCAGGCAAAGAAAAGCAGUUGUGCUACCAAAAACUACAAAAGAAGAAUUCUUGGCAAUUCUUGGAGAUUCGGAAGAUUCAAAAUACCCCAUCUACAUGUCAGGUCCGACACUAUACACACUAUGCACAGCUGUAAUAGACGUGGACGAACAAACUCUGUCGAUUAUUCAAGGGAAUCCUCAGAAAGGAAAAGUUUCUCAUGUUUUCAACAUGUCUUCGAAAGAUUGCAAGCUUCUAUAUCAAAAACCUGUUGCAACUUACUUCUAAUAGCUGCGUUCAUGAAGAGACUAUUAUUUCCGGAGCACCUAUGCAGGCUCGUAGAAUCCCAAGGCACGCUUAUCAAUACAGCGCAUUGCUCUGCAACCUCAUCGGAAGCAAAUUAUUUGAUAUCUCUGUAUUCUUGGUACAAAGGAUAUGAGAAUCCAUAUAAGUAUUGUUUAUGUAGUAUUUAGAUAUUACCUUUCCAUGAAUUCCAUAUUUAA